AUGGAUGCGGUGCUUUGCUCCGCGUUGUCCGCGGACAACACAGUCAGGCGGGGAGCGGAGGCGGCGCUGAGCUAUGCCAGGACGCAGCGAGGCUUCGCAAUAGCGCUCGCGAAGCAGCUUGCUUCCAACUACUAUCCUCGUGGGGCUUACGAUGGAGAUGGAGAUCAGGCAAGGGCGGCGGCGGCGGCGGCGAGGGAGCGGGACGGAAUGUGGAUGCCCAUGCGGCUGAUGGCCGGGAUGCUGCUGCAGCACUUCGUGAGGGACCAGUGGGAGCUGGCUGACGACGCCGUGCUUCCCGCAGAGGACAAGAUCCAGGUGCGAACGCUGGCGCUGACCACCAUGAUCGACGUCUCGGCCCCGCGUGCCGCUCGGGCGUCAGCGUCGAGAGUGGUUGCCCUCAUGGCAACCGCCGGCGGCGAGUGGCCGUCGGGAUGGGGCGGGCUGAUACCUUCGCUUAUCGGGCAGCUGGCGAUAGCGGCGGCGGCGGUUGAGAACGCGAGGGCAGAGGCGGGGUCGGCGGAGGCACCGCGGGGUGGGGUAGGGGGCAGGGGGCGGGCGGGGGAGAGAGCGGAGGCGGCGGCGGUGGCGGCGGAGCACGCCGUGGCUAGGGCGGAGUCGUGCGCCAAGUGUCUGCAGUACUUGACGGAAGAGGUGCCGAUGGAGCAUGUCCCCGAGGUAUUCCAGCAGGCUUUUCCGGGUCUUGUUGAGGCUGGCAAGGCGGACUACCUCCCGCGUAGCAUCCGAAGACGGGUGUUUCGGAUCGUGCGAGAGCUCUUCACCUCCAUCGGAACCCUCGUCAGCGUCCGGGGAGAGACCCGGCUCCUCCCAGGUCUUCAGCAAUGCGUGCCCCCCUGGCUUCACCUCGUGUCGAAGACUCUGCAAUCGGCUGUGGACGGCAGGGCCAUCGGUGGUGACCGCGACAAGAACGGCGGCGACGAGGAGGGAGGGGGGGGCGAUGACGAUUUCGGCGUCGAGCUUGAGGGCCUCCGGACAGCCAUGGUGCUGUUGGCGCACGUGCCCUCGACCGUCGGGGACGGGCACUUGGGCCAGCUCCUGCCUCCUCUUUGGCAACUCCUGACGGAUGGCCGGGAGCGGCACGAGCAGAGCAUGCUGUCUAGCGAUGGUAACGGCGAGGACGGGGAUGAAGAUGGUGAUGGUGGCGACAACGAAGGGGGAGGAGGAUACGCUUCUGAUGGGGAACGGCAGGGACUCGACGAGCUAAUCGUGCAAUCGUUGGAGCUACUCGCAGCCUCCGCGGCCUGUCCGGACCCGCAAGUGUCGGGCUUGCUCGGAGGGGAGGGUGCCGGAGUGGGAUCGCUGUUAGCGGUCGUCAUCAGGUACUUGCAACUGCCCAGCGAGAGCUGCGCCCUCUGGCGCGACAGCCCGAACGAGUUCGUCGUCGCCGAGUUAGAGGAGGGGGAGGGGGACGAGGGGGACGGGGGCGGCGGGGGGGCAGGGGGAGUAGGCGGGGGCGCCGGGCGCCACCCUGUCUCGACGGCGAGGUCGGCGGGGCUAGCCUUGAUCCGGGACCUGUGCGAGGCGUUUCCGGAUAAGGCGGUGCCGGCCCUCAUCGCCGAGGCGAAGUCAGCACUCGUGGACUCUUCCUCCUCGUCUUCUUCCGCUGGCGCCGGUGGGGGGGACGGGGAGGCUGGAGCAGCCACGUCGGCGGCGAACAACAACAUCCCAGCGGCGGCAGAUGUUGUCCCUCCAGCCGUAGCGGCGGCGGCGUUGUCGGCUAGACGAUGGCGUCUUCGAGAAGCUGCCCUGCUGUGGGGGGGCACGCGAGGGGGAGAGGGGGCCGGGGGGGGUGCGGGGGCAGGGGGCAGGUGCAAGCACAAGUGCAAGCACAGCAAGGCUUCGUCGUUUUCUCCCGGCACGCUCUGUCGGGGAGCGAGGGGCUUAGGUUUGGAUCUGGGCGGCUUCCAGGCAGUCAUCGUUGCUGCCGCGGAGGGCCGGAGCCACCACCCUCAAGAGGUCAGCAGCCCCUUCGUGCACGCGAGAGGCCUGUGGGCCACGGCGAGGUUCGCGUCCCUCCUCUCCGCCGAGGGGGUCUGCAGGUCGGCGGAGGCCUGCUCUCUGGCCAUGGGCGAGGGCCGACCGCUGUGCCUGCGGCUCCACGCCUGCCGAGCACUGCGGGUGCUGGGACAGUACAGCGCCCGCAUAGCGCGAAGAGGAGGGUUUUUCGGCAUCAAGAGGGGGGCCGGGAAGGCGCUCCUGGGGUCGAGGGUGGGCGCGGCGGCGCGGGCGGCGGUGACAGCGGCGCCCGGGCUGGCCGCCUGCUGCGAGGAAGGGACCGCGCACUUUGCCCCAGAGACCAUGACUCAGCUGGUGAAGGCCUUUCCCGCGGAGGCGGUGGCUGCAGGCGGGGAUCUGGUGCUGAUGCAGCUUUCCAUGAGCUUGUGGCGGAGGUACCCGUCCGACCCGUUGGUGGUGGAGGCCGUGGAAGACCUUAUGCUAGCGCUUACCCGCGUACCCCAGGCCGUGCCCCGGAUGACCGAGACACUGGUGCCGCUAUUUCGAGAGGUGUUCGAACGGCUGAGGACAGGAGAGGAAGAACUACAGACCGUGGCAGAGGGAUGCCUCUCCCUGCUUCGAGAACUGACCACGCGUCUGGCGGCGGCCGGGGGGGUGGUCGGCGGAGUGCACCCUCGGGGGGCGGCGGGACGGACGGGCGGUGGUGGCGGGGCAGCGGCUGCAGCGACUAGGCGGGACAGCUCGGCGAGGCUGUCGCUGUGGGCGGGUCUGAGAGCGGCCUUUCCCCUCCUCUUGGAGACCGACUCCCAUUCCCUGGUCCAGGACGGGUGCAGCACCCUCCAAGAGUUCGUGACCGCCUUCGGUGACGAGAUGGACGAAGAUGCUGACGGCGCGACGGCAGCAGCAGCAGCAGGCGGGGAGGCGAGCGGAGGAGGGGAGAGCGGCGCCGGCGGCGGCGAGGGCGACUCCCCGUUAUCGCUGGUGCUGUCGUUCUUGGGCAGGGUGAUGGACCCCGAGGCCCACGACGCCUCCGCUUUGCGCAUUGGGGGCUUGGUGUCUGCUGUUUUGAAAAGCGUGCCCCCUCGCAGCCUGGGCCGGGAGACGGUUCAAUCCUUGUUGGCAGUUACCUUCGACAAGCUCGAGCGGUGCUCCUCCAGCCUCCUGGGCGACGAGCUCCUCCAAGUCUUUGUCACUUUUGUCAACAGCGAGGCGUACGGCCCCACCGCACUCGCGGACGUCUUCGCCGAGAUGGAGCGGGAAGGCCGUAGGCGGCGGUGUCAGCAGGAGGAAGACGCAACGGCGGCAACGGCGGCGGCGGGGCCAACGGAGAGGCUGCUCUCGAACGCGACAAUCACACCGCCCCGGCCGUCGUCUUCGCGCGGGAGCGGUGGAAUUGGCAACGGUGGUGCGGGCGGCGAGAGCUUGGGCGCGGCAUCAUCGCCGCUGGCGGCGGCAGCGGUAGGGGCCGUGGCGCGCGGUGGCGGUGGCGGCGGCGGCGGCGGUGUGGGCAACGACGACGCCAUGGCGAGCCUGAGGAGACUGAUCGGGCUGUGGCUCUUCUUUCACGAGAUGGCGAGGUCUUCUUCGCUUGCAAGCCAAUCGGCCCUGGGACUUGUGCGCCUCCUAAAGGCGGCUGGCGAGGGCGACGCGAGGCUCUACACGCUGAGGGUUUCCACGGACUCGAUGGGUUCGGGAUCGUCUCGGGGUGCAGGGGUGCGGGGACGUAGCCUCCCGCCCUCCCUCAGAAAAAUGGAGGGGGAGCUCUUGCCGGUAUGCCUCCUGUCGAGCAUAGUCCGCACGGCGGAGAGGGACGAAGAGGCCGACGGCCCACCCGAAGGUGUCGCGAACAACAACAACAACAACAACAACAACAACAACCGCUCCUGCGAAGACGGCGGCGCCAUGUUUCCCCUGGACGUCGACGACGACGAAGACAAUGCCGAUGAGGACGCCUGCAUGGCGGAUGAGUUUGAUCCUGCGGGACCCCCGGAAGGGGACACAGAUGACGAUAGCGACGACGAUGACGACGAUAGCGACGAGGACGACGAGGACGAUGAGGAGAGCGAUACCGAAGACAUCACGGACGAAGGGUCGAUGACCCUAAGCAGCUGUAGCGGUGGCGGGGACGGCGGCGGCGGCGGCGGCGGCGUGCCGUCGCCAUACUACGCCUCGGACGUCAGCCAGCGGUUCACCGCCGCCGUGGACCGGCGAACGGCGACGGCGGUACCACCGUUGUCGUCGUCGGCGCCAGCGGCUACGGCGCAAGUGGCGGCGGCGACGGCGCCGAUGGGCAUGUCGGUGGACAGCAGUCGCUGGGCCGGAGCAACGUCGACGACGGCAACAACAACAGCCGCAGGAUCAUCAGCAACGACCUUUUCCGCCGCCGGCUUGCCCUGUUUUUCAGGCGGGAGCGUGAACCUCACCCGCUGCAGCAGCAGCAACAGCUUGCCGGCAGCGGCCGCCGCCGCCCCCGCUUGGCGUGGCCGCAGCGCCAGCGGCGACGGCAUCACCUGCCGGGUGUCGAGCGCGCCGCUUGCCUCUGAGGGUGGCGACGGCGGGGGAGGGGGGCACCAGCUGCUCUCGUCUUCCUGCCCCCGCGACUCGAGCUGGUUGAUGACAGCCGGCGGAGGGAACAACCACGGCGGCGCCGGCAGCAGCCACCCCUCCCUCUCCACCAUCCACGACCACCGGAGGAGCCAGCGGCCGUCCGCGGCGGAGCGACAAGCGCAGGCCGCCGCCGCCGCCGCCGCGGCCGCGGUCCCGAGCGGCGGCACGUGGGAACACGUGGCCAGGAGCUGGGGCGAGAACGGGGUCGGGCGCGGUCUGGUAGAUUUCUUGAGGUCGACCACCGGAACGAGGUCGGAGGCGUUGCUGUGCGGGUGGGCGGGGAUGCUGCCCGCGGCGGAGCAGGCGACGUUGACGGCUCUCCUUGACAAGACUUCAUUUAUCAGACGGGGUCCUUCCUAGCCGCUUGCUCACGCCCUCAUGACCGAUUACCCCGGGGUUGGAAGACCGGUUGGCAGUAUUGGGCGUGGUGUACCGUGCACGCCGGAGGCUGCCGUCGCAGCUUGCCCGGUGGUAAAAUAUCUGUUUGCGUUGUGGCAAGUGUGCGCAAGCCUAGGACUGGCCCUAUCCCUGACCCCUGGUAGAUUCUUCGUAACGCUGCUGGAGACGGAAGAGGCUUGGGGACUGAAUUGAUGUCGUUUCGGGCUUGCGCCCUUUCCUCCAAGAGUUUAUCGGUUAAUUGUAUCGCAACAGCAGCAGCGGCAGCCGUAAGCAGCGUUUGGAAACCCACAAUAAAACAGGUAGCGCAUGGUCGACCCAUCCUUGGGGUGUCUCCCACGACCGCUUGUUUGGGUUGUGUGUGUCCGUGAGGACUGGUGUUGUCUAGAGACGGGGCGGGCGAGAGAGGGGCGGUGGUUCAGUGGGAACAAUUUCUUGCUCUCAUUUGUAGACUUGGUUGGAUUGCAGAGUACUCCCCAUGUAUGAUGUAUAUUUUUGUCCCUUUUUGCCAUCAUCGUGUUGUUCCUGUCCUACAGCAGUAUUAUUACUGUUGGCGGUCAUGUAUUGUUCUUCGUCCGUGUAGAAUGAACGCGCGGGGUACGACGACGGACCGGGGUGCGGCGGGUCAUCGCGAAUGGAUAGAGGCGCCGUUGGUGCCCUUGGGGGCGCCUACUACUUGCCGCGUGUCGUGGCGUACCCCCCGUUGGGCAAGCUGCUGACUAUUGGCUCGACCACGCAGGCCAGGUAGUCUAGAGUCUAGAGAAGGAAGGGGGUAGGGGGGGCGUGGGACAAUCCACACCCUUACAGGUGUAAAACCAGACCUCCGGCAACAUGCAACGUAGCGCCGGAGAGUUUCGUUUACCUACAUUUUGCGAGUGAAAUUGUUUAGACUAUCUAAAUCUAAAAGAGACGAGGGACAUUAACACAUGACGCUGCGUUGCCGUUGUGUCUAUAAUAUCUGUUAAAGUCGUGUCGAAAACUCUUUUAUUCCGUUUUUGGGGGUUUUGAGCGUGUUCAGUUGGCACGCUCUGGUGCAGUUGCUACUCGGUCGUGUACGUGGGUUGGAGGUUGCGGGGUGACUAUUCAGACGAUAUCUGGCAAAUGGUUUCCGUUCGCAUCUGUCUGUCUCCCGCCCGAACGAGAUGUGUUGCCCGAUGCAUUGCAUGCGUGUGUGGAUGUACCAGCUUCUGUUGGUCUUGUCAGAAAAUUGAGGAAACGGACGAGACAGAGAGAAAGAGAAAUAAAUUUCCGACCGGUGGAGAGUGAAGGCAACACACCAGUUAUGUCGGAGGGCACCCUCCAUGCUCGUCCGCUGCUCCCCUGGUGUGCGGAGUUCUGUCUUUUUAACUUUGUUAUCUAGUGGUCCGAUGUGUUAUCGAUGGAUGUGUCCGUUGCUACGGGAGAGACGGAGGAGGAGGUAGUUUGUAGACAGGCCGGUGUGUCGCCCCGCUCAACAGGGAGAGAGAGGUGAAUCUGUUUUCCGAAAGCGUGGCCAAUACGGGCGCGGACCGCACGGCGGACGGGCCUGGAGUAUUUGUAAAAUGACGACUAGCUACAGUAUUAAUAUCGUUUUUUUUGUGCCCCCCACAAGAGCUGCGGUGUGCUUGAUCAAGAUUUGUGUGUUGUGUAGGAUCGACAAGAAGAAUGCAGGAUAUGGAUAUAUCUGGCGGAAUGUGAAGUGAAGAGGCACAGGCGUAACAUGCGGGCAAUUACAAACUAACCUUUUGUUUGUGGCUUGUCUUCAGUUAGUUGCUAUAUGUUCGUUCCCCUUCGGCAGCGUGGACUUGAGCUACAUCCACAACGAACGGGUCCGGUGGGUGGAUUUAUCCAUAUGCGACCGCUUGACUGAACAUGGGGGGGCGGUCCGUGGGAAUAAGACCCUACCGGGCCGUGCAGGCAGCCGGCGCAGACGGACGCAUCAACCCGCCGCCGCUUGCUGGACAUGAUGGAAAAAAAAUCAAGAUACAUUGAUAGGCC